AUGGCGGCGUCGGCCGCAUCAUACAAGGACCGCCAAUUACUGGCCGUGAUUGGCGAUGAAGAGUAUGCCUCUCCUUCCAAAGCUUACCUCUAUAUGUAUCUCAAUUUCGCUAACCCCGUUCGCUCGUAUAGCUCAGUGACUGGCCUGCUCCUCGCCGGCAUCGGACACGUAACCGAUCCCCCAGACGCACAACGAAACUUCCUCGUUGUCGACUCCAAGACCGAGACCACUGAAAUCGAGCGUGCAUUUGUGAACUUCACCCAAGAGAGAAAAGACAUAGCUGUCGUUUUAAUCAACCAACACGUCGCGGAGCGCAUUCGCCACAGCGUAGACACUUUCGCCGAUCCCUUCCCUGCCGUUCUCGAAAUCCCCAGCAAAGACCACCCCUACGAUCCGGAGAAGGACAGCGUUCUCAAGCGUGUGCGCCGACUCUUUGGCGAAUAG